AUGGCCGUCGAAACCAUCCCCGACCCAGCGAUGCUCAAGGAAGCGUUCGGCCACGGUGUUUACUCCUCGGACGGAAGUCGCGUGCAGUUUGGCAGCCUCUUCGGCGCCGGUGACGACUCUCGUCCAGCGGAACGACAAGUCCUCGUUAUUUUCAUCCGCCAUUUCUUCUGUGGCAAUUGUCAAGAAUAUGUUCGUCGACUGUCGUCCCCCGAGUCGCCAUUCCAUCCAUCACGGAAGCGUGUCAACGUCACCGACACCCAUUCAACGGCAAGCCUAUCUGAAGCUGUCACGGGCUCGCCCCCAGCCGUCAUCCUCAUCGGCCCUGGCCUGCCCUCUCUGAUCCCAUCUUACGCCGAGCUCACCCAAUGUCCCUACCCCGUGUACGCCGACCCGUCCACUCGCUUAUACAGCAUCCUAGGCAUGCACCGUACUCUGUCACUCGGCCCCAAAACACCAGGGUACAUCCAGCAUUCUUUGGUUCGCGGCGCUGUCAAAUCCGCCUGGCAAGUCGUCAAACGAGUUGGGAGCGGCGAUGCUAUGGGCGGUGGUGACUGGGACGUCAACGGGGGAGAGUUUCUGUUUGUGCGACAUGACCACGGCGCGAGCUCGGCCAGACGAGCAGCUUCAUCCACGCGAGCAGGCUCGGCGCCACCAGGAUGGGAAGUGCACUGGUGCCACCGAAUGCUCAACUCACGCGAUCAUACCGAGCCCGUCGACCUGCAGUACCACACCUGCUCUUCCACGUCUUCAGGCCAGGGAAAUGCGCGAGCGAACCCUCUGCCACACUCGAUCCUUGUCGACCGGAAACAGGGCUAUUCUAGUAAUUGUCGCGGCUCCUGUCCAGGCCCCGACAUACCAAGAUUCCGCGAGCAAGUCCUCCUCAACCAGGCUUCACAUGGUCUGCAGCCCAGGCGGCUUGGCAGGACAGGCUCACGGUGUAAAAGUUCAGGCUCGUGCCGGGCAGAAUUGCCGACAGUGGUCCCCAGCGCAAGAGCCGCUCCGCAAUCGGAAAUGCGAGCUUCAAGUUUCCUAACAGCCGGAACACAGCCGCCAGCCCGUCCCUCGAGUCCUAUCGAGGAGGAAGACGAGCCGAGAUCUCGAAAGAGCUUCACGGCCAGCAUCGUCGAUCGUGUAGGGGUGCUGGUGCGUACCAGAUCAGUAUCGACCAGGCCGGCAAGAUCAGCGACGCAAAGGUCUGGGGGCGGCAUCUUUCGACGUGGCUUGCAGCUCUUGCCCUAG